AUGGACAAUAACCAAGCCACCACCCUGGGCAAUGCUGCUGCCGCUACCGCACCUGACACCGCGGCGUUGGACAAAGGCAAGCACAAGGCUACGCAGGAUUCUACCUCGAUGGAUGUGAGCAUGGACGAAGGUGAAAGCGAUGAGAGUGAAAAUGAAGACAUUAUGGAAGAAGAAGAUGAUGAUGACGAAGAUAAACUCGAGCCAAUCUCAGCCGACAACAUUAUUCGUGGCGAGCGAAGGACACGCGGCAAGAUCAUCGACUUCCAGAAAGCCGCAGAAAAGCUCAAGGUUGAUGAGGGUGACGAUGAUGAAGAUGAUGAGGACUUUACACUUGAAGAUAAUGACAACAACAUGCGAGAUUAA